CGCUCGCGAGCGGCGACCGAGCAGUGCGCCUGCCUCCCAGUCAGUCGGGUUCAGUGCCUCCGUCGCGCCGCCAGCAGCCGCACUCUUUCUCUGCCUCCCUCUUGAGCCCUCGACUCGCGCGGCCAGCACCCGUCUGGCCUCACCACCAUUCGCACGGUUCUGUGACGAUCGAAAGGAGCAGCCAUGGGCAAGGGCAUUUUCACAACCAUCUCAGAAAAACUAACAUGUCUGCAAGUGUUGAACUUCAUGGUGUUGACGGGCUUCAUGUUCAACUACAUGUUGCGCGUCAACCUGACCAUCGCCAUCGUGGCCAUGGUCAACCCGACCAACAGGACAAUCGUCGACACAGACAACGACACAUCCACUAGUUACCACCACGAGUACGAGUGCUACAAGCCGGAAAAGGUGGAUGUCCUGCAGUACUUGGACAACGCCACCACUGACGCAACAAUGAAACCCCCCUCGGUGGAUAUUGAGCAGACCCGAUUCGACUGGGACGAGCCAACCCAAAACUUGAUCUUGGGCUGCUUCUUCUGGGGCUACGUGCUCACAGAAUUGCCUGGUGGCCGAAUGGCUGAGGUCUUCGGCGCCCGCAGGAUUUUCGGAUACUCUAUGUUGAUAGCCUCUAUCAUGACCCUUGCCACCCCUCUGGCAGCUAACAUAAGCCACCUGGCCGUGGUGGCCCUUCGAGUGGUCAUCGGCUUCACUCUUGGUGCAACAUGGCCUGCCAUCCAACCUAUGGCAUCCAAGUGGAUUCCUCCUAUGGACAGGAGCAAGUUCAUUGCCAAUAUGAUGGCUUCAUCGCUGGGCGCCGCAUUGACAAUGCCCAUGUGUGGUUUUCUGAUCGCCCACCUUGGCUGGGAAUCUGUGUUCUACGUCACAGGAGCGAUAUCCAUUGUGUGGAGCAUUCUUUGGUUCUUGUUGGUCUUCGACACACCUGCCGAGCACCCCAGGAUUGCUGACGAGGAAAGGCGGUUCAUUGAGAAUGCCAUUGGAACAGGAACUGCCAAGGGCAAGCCUCCAAGUGUGCCUUGGGGCAAGAUGCUGACCUCUCUGCCUGUGUGGGCCAUCAUCAUAACUCACGGUGCCAGCGUCUUCGGCUACUUCACUGUUGUUAACCAACUGCCCACUUAUAUGAAGAACAUUCUAGGGUUUAAUAUCAAGGAGAACGGUCUGCUGUCCAGUUUGCCCUACUUUGGAAAGUACUUCUUCGCCAUUUCCACCAGCUACUUGGCCGACUACUUGCGCCGUUCCGGAAAACUCAGCACCACUGCUGCUAGGAAGAUCUUCACUGGAUUCGCUGUUGGUGUUCCCGGACUUUUCAUGCUCUCACUGGUCUUCUUUGGCUGCGACCGUUUCUGGUCCGUCUUCUUCUUCACUUCCGCUCUAACCAUCAACGGCGCCGUCACCGCCGGUUACUUAGGCAACGGCCUUGACAUUGCACCCAAUUUCUCAGGCACCAUCUUUGGCUUGGCCAACACUUUGUCCUCCUCCGGUGGCUACAUUUCCACUUUCAUGGUCGGCGUCUUCACCAACAACAACCAAACUUUUGCCCAAUGGAGCAAAGUGUUCGGGGUGUUGGCGUGUACGUACUUCACAGGCGCUCUGACCUUUAUCAUCUUUGGCUCAGGAGAGCUGCAGGAGUGGAACAGCAGCUCCAAAAAGGAAACCAAGGAAGACCCCGAGGCGCAGCAGGAAAUGCUGCCGGUGCGCACCAAGCACUAAAAAAUUCUUUUUAAAUUUUUAAAUUUAAUUGAGAACAAUAACUGCAAGGUCUGCUUCCUAUAUUCGCUACCAUCACAACUCUUAAGUAAUUUAUUCGUCAAUUAAGCUAUAGUGAGAGCACCGAAAUGUUUGUCCAUCUCUCUGCAAUAUUUACAAAAAGCGGGUUGAUUCGGAGCCGAGAGUGGUGCGGCGCGAACUGUACAUAAUAUAAAUUUACCUCUUCGGCCGACUGACCUGCUCUUUUCAAGCAAGUUUAUUUUAAAAUUCCGAACCACGCUGAACAAUCCUGAAGUACAUAAUAUUCAAAGUGUCUUAAGAGCGCGUUUUUAUUAUAUUCCAUUAUAUACAUUUUACCGCUUUUCUGAAUCUUUGACACGCAAAUGGGAGCGAAUGUGCCAUCCAAGGUAGCUAAUCAAUUUUAUCAUGUUAAGUCGUAAAGCACAAAAA